GCUAAUGCUCCUCUGUUUGAAAUCAAGUGUGAGCGAGUGGAGUAGUCCCGCAUUUAUUUAGCAAUUAUUACUGUUAUCCACCAGAAGUAAACUACUUACGGACCAGGAGCAACACUAUACAAUAACAAUAAGCGCAAUGUCUGCUCCACUCCCGCAGAAGGGACUUGGUCCGGGUAUGCCUGUCAUGCCCCCUCAGCAGCAGCAGCAGCCGCAGACACACAUGCCUCCUGGUCUUUCGCAGCCCGGGAUGCCCCCACAAGGUGCCCUGCGGGAAAUUUCUCCCGUUUACCUGUGCCGCAUCGGUCAGGAGACUGUCCAGGACAUCGUCACACGCACUAUGGAGAUCUUCCAGAUCGCACGGGCCACUCAGCUUCCCAACGGUGUGACACAGAGUCAGGCAGCAUAUCAGGACCGCUUUGGGAAGCUGCAGGAGCAUCUGCGUCAGCUGACACUGCUCUUCCGUAAGCUGCGUCUGCUAUAUGAACGCUGUGUAGAAAUGACACCUGACUUCCAGGAGUCUCCAGCUGAGCUGGUUCCUUAUGUGGGGGAAGAGACGACACCUGUGAGAGUGGAGCCGUGCAGCCCAGCUGUUAUUCAGGAGAGACAGGAGGUUCUAGAGAAAGUGAGGAAGAAGAACCAGGAAAUGAAGGUGCUAAUGGACCAGAUGAGGAACCUCCUGUGGGACGUCAAUGCCAUGCUCACCAUGCGAAAAUGACAGCUUCCUAGUAAACAUCUGACCAUCUUCCGUCAGCCCUCAUCUCUCACACGUUCAGGUGCUUUCACACGGAUAGCAGUGUUCGGCAGACUGCCUUUCAUUCACUGCUCGUGCAAAUGCCACAUAAUAUUUCAUCUUGACAAAUGAGAUCAGGCUUGGCAGCUCUUUGUGGUCCUGCCUAAUUUACAGUGUUAAAUCCCAAUGCUCUGAUUAAUAACUGCUUCAUCAAAGCACUGAUUUAGCAUCAGAAACAGGAAGUAAUGUGAAAGCCAUGCAGAUGAUGUAAGCUAGCCGUGUUGUUGGCAUGAUAAAUGAGCACUGCGGACUAAGCUUUGUGAAUAAUAGUGCCUACUAUGAUCUUUUGUGCAUUCAUUGAACUGUGUGAUGUGUUUCACACUGUUGCUCCUCAGCAAAUAUGUACUCGGGUAGAGUGUGUGUUUCCCUGAGCUCUGCAUUACACUUCUGAUAUCUGCCUUCUAGGGAAAGGAUCGUCUGAAAAAAAAAAAACCUGAAUGAAUCGCAGGAUGAUUGUUUUUGUAAACUAAA